CUGCUGUCCACUCGCCAUCAACCCCACAUAAAAAGCUGCCCAUUGUCUUCAGCAGCUGCCGUUUGACUCUCUUCACCUCCACAGACGCUCAUUUACAGAAGUUGAAGUGAGGAGCACGACAGAUCCAGAACGAUGAAUCCCAGAGGGGAAAAGCCGAAGUCGAAGAUUUCGGCUUCUCGCAAGCUCUCCCUCAAAAUGCUGCUCCUCACAAGAGCCUGUGAGGAUUUGGAGAAGGAGAGGCAAGAGAGGGAGGAGGAGAAAGUACGCUAUUUAGGAGAAAAGUUGCCUCCGUUGCAACUGUCUGGAAAGUCCCUGCAAGAACUACAAGAACUGUGCAAGCAGCUUCAUACAAAAAUUGAUAUUGUGGAUGAGGAGAGAUAUGACUGUGAAUCCAAAGUGAGCAAGCAUAACAAAGAUAUCCAUGAGCUGAAGCUGAAGGUACAGGACCUUGGGGGCAAGUUCAAAAAGCCUGCCCUGCGAAAAGUGAGGGUGUCAGCAGACGAGAUGAUGAGAGCCCUCCUGGGCUCCAAACACAAAGGUUCAAUGGACCUCAGAGCCAACCUCAAGUCUGUGAAGAAAGAGGAUGUGAAACAGGACAAGGUGCUUACCAGUGAAGUAGGCGACUGGCGUAAGAAUGUGGAGGCCAUGUCAGGUAUGGAGGGCCGUAAGAAGAUGUUCGACACAGGCGGCGGAGCACAGUGAGAUCACCUCUGAAAGCAGGAAAAGUUAAGCUGUCUAGACAGAAAAAGUGGAAUACCUAAUGGGAGACAAAUUGACCCAAAAGCUGCUGGAGUUUAGUUUGAGGUAAAAGCAAGUAUAAAUCCCACCUGUGCUGCAUUUUACCUGAUAGUCACUCAGUUUAACAACUCAAUGCACUUAAAGUGUAAAAUAAAAGUGUAGAAGCCCAUGUUUUGUUUUGUUUUUGUUACCAAAGAAUAUUUUGUUUUGUUAUGUCACCUUAAGACAAUUAAAGAGGAUUUAAAUGAACACAUAUUGUUUCCAUCGGUGAUGUUCCAUAUCUGUACUUGACUUUAUCGUGUUUCAUUUUAUUGGCACCAGAAGGAUUAUGUGUGGCACGUCAAAGGACGGCAAGCAGCUUGGCUGUUGAUGGAUUUAAAAAGAAAGAUGAAAAGUGAAGGGAGGGGGAACAACAGGUGGCAGUUGCAUUCUGUGUAUCUGUUUCAGUGUUUUAAAUAGACCUUGUGUGAAAGCAAAAGAUUGUGUUUAAAGUAAACUCAAAGCAAAUGAAUAAAAAAUUUUAAAAAAAG